GGACAACACAUCUUAAAUAAUACACUCAGUACAAUAGCCUUCUGUUAUACGUUUUUAAUAUAAUGACUAGCUCUUACCAUAUAAGACAGUCAAGACAGCCAGGUUCUUUAUCUCAUUCAGUUGACACGAGCUAUUUAAAAUCAACGCCGUGUAAUAAUUAUAAUAAUAAUGGCACUCUCGAAGGUUCUUCCUUCGACAGUACACGUACUGAUCUUAGUGCAAACAGUAGAGACGUCAUUAUUGGGGAACAAUGGCUUGUGCUGGGUAGAAUUGGUGAAGGCUCUUUUGGAGAAGUAUUUGAAGCGGAAGAUAUUGUAACUGGAAGACAUUAUGCUAUUAAAAGAGAGCCUCUCAAGAUGCAUCACCCUCAAAUUAAACACGAAAGUAUUAUUUACGAUGCCUUGGCUGGAGGACCGGGAAUACCUCAAUGCCAUUGGCAUGGUCAGCACGAAGGCUUUGACUGUAUUGUUAUUGAUUUACUAGGACCCAAUUUGAAUCAGCUGAGAGAAGUCACUAAAAGCUUUCCUAUCGAAGUGGUUGUAGACUUUGGCUGUCAAAUGUUGGCGAUUCUAGAACAUAUUCAUAAGCGUGGAUUAGUUUACAGGGAUGUAAAACCCGAUAACUUUUUGUUUUCGGCCAAGUGUUACUUGCCCGAAGUUGAAAUGAUUGAAAUUCCUGAUGAUCAUGGUAUGCCUCAUAUUAAAUAUGUUCAACCACCUUGUGAAGAAGUCUUUAGGAAAUGGAAUGAACCCCAUCCUAAAUUAUACGUGGUGGAUUUUGGCUUGACUACGUGGUGGCGGAAUCCCGCAACCGAUAAACCUUAUCCCGAGGCAAAAAAGAGCAUCAAGAAUAAAACAGGUACGGCCAGAUAUGCCUCGCUCAAUGUCCAUCGUGGUAAACCUCAUGCUCGUCGCGAUGAUAUUGAAAGUUUGGGUUAUUUAUUACUCGAUCUGAUUUUUGGUACUUUACCUUGGACUGGUAUUCAAGCACGUAAUUCUCGGGCUGGCUGGGAUAGAAUGCGUCAAAUCAAGGAAGACACCUUUAUGAGUGACCUCUGUGCUGGUUUGCCUCAAGGUUUUUUGGAAUUCAUUGAGCUUGCUCGGAAGAUCAAAUUUGCAGAAGAGCCGAAUUAUGAAUUGUUACAUCAAUUCCUUGAAGGCUCUAUCAAUCAAGGCAGAUAUUCUUCUAUUGUUAAAUCCCCUUUUGGUGGACAUACGGAACGUAAAUGGACUCAAGACAUUGAUAAAGAUUCAACACCGCUGACUCGCGAAGAUAUGCCGAAACCUAAUGUAAAUACGCGUAAUCAGUAUGAGCCUCAUCAUUAUACACCACCCCGACAAAGAAAAUCUUCUUACAGUCUUCCCAAGCAUGGAGACAAUGGUGUUUUUGCUAUGGAUGAUUUGGUAACGAACUUACCGCAUGUACAAGAACCUGCUCCUAGACCCCAAUUCGGCUCUCCAACACCACGUAAUACUGGAAAUCAGCAUGCUUCCAAGACAAGAGGAAAUAGUAAUGGUAUCAACAUCAACUAUAACAAUAAUCGACGCGCUAGUCGAGAAUAUGGACGUAGUAAUAAUCCUCAUGAACCUCCCAUCACCUCGGGACCUUCUUCAUUCCAAAAACUCAUCAUAAAAACGAGAAAGAAGCAAAAGCGGGUUGGAUGGAAUUCGCAUAAACACGAUGAUGCACCAUGGAUACCUGCAACGGAUUGGGAUCCAAAGCCUGUAGAGACGCACGAUAUGAUGGAUUCUCAUGCUGCUUGGGGAGAUAAUAAAGUUGGUGAUAACAAACCUACUUGGGGUAUUGAGGAGGAAGAAGGUUCUUGGGCUGCUAAAGUGGAUAAGCCUUGGGAAUAACCCUUAUUUUUUUGUUAUAAUUCUUAUUUUCUUUUUUCUGUAAAUAUUUUGAUCUGUUUAGUGUCAUAAAUACACUUUUUCUUUUUUCUUUAUUUUUUUUUUUUUUCGUUCUUUUUUUUUUUUUCAUUGGUUCAUUCAUCAUUUAAAAAUAAAAUAAAAACAUCUCCAGCAAGAUUAUUUAGUACUCCUGGGAG